UGUAUCAGUCUUAGAUUCACUGCAUUCUUAGCGGAUAUUUUUUGACGACUUUAAAUUGUGUUGCUUAAUUCUCUGAGGAUAGUUUUACAUUCUUUUCUAAGUGUGCCGUUCAUCUUUACCUUAGUGCGGCAGAGACAAGGACAACGCCAGCCAUGACAAACUAUUUAAAAUCUGCAUUAACAUCUUCAGAAUCUGAAACAUGUAUGGCACAGACUUUGAAUGAAAUUGUAUUACCAGAUGCAACAGAGAGGACGUCAUUAAUACGAGAACUUCCAUUAACAAAUACAGGCAUGAUAACACCAGACCUCACAACAGCUGCAGCGGCUGACACGACACAGAACACAAGUCUCACAAUAAAAGCUACAGAACGUUUGUUACCUAAAGACCACAUGUCAAGUUAUGCCAACUCUCCAUCUGUAACACCGAUAAAAAAAUUCUGUGCUUAUCACAUGACACUGCCCCCUGUUAUACGUCGAGGCAAGUCAGUUGCACAAAGGUUGAUUAGAGCUUCAAUCUGCAUGACAUCUUCAUCAAAUACAGUAGCAAACAAGACGGUAUCAAACAGCAUAGAACAAUUGACGUCUCGUCUAACAGCACCAGCUGCACCACAAACUAAUGACCCGACUGCGCCCUGGACAACAUCAUCCAAACCUCAAAUAAUGUCGGGUUCAACACAUAACACGACUUCAGCUUCAGGUGUAGCACAAUACACGAAUUUAAUGUUACCACCUCAAAACAUUCCUUUAACAUUGUCGUUGGCACCGUACACCACUAUGCAAUUGGCACCACAAAUCUCAGCACCAUCGCAAGCAGUUUAUGCAUCGCCUCUGACUGCCAUCAUGACAACACAAGCCUCCACGUUUGUGCCAACUCCUCAGGCGACAUCAUUGGGUGCUACAUUUAAGUCAUCUCCUGUACCGACAUACUUGCUGUCUUCAUCAUUGAGCAGCAGCAUGGCAGUUCCAACAGCCACACAGUCUGAGGUAAAUCUAGUCCCUUAUACAACAGACAUGAGAACACCAGCAGGCAUGUAUCCCCGAUCAACAGAGGAAACACACUUGAAUACUUCGAGUUCUCACUUCAAAACACCAACUGCAAAACGAAGAAUAGCUCCAAAAGCUAAUUUAAAAACACUAGAUAUAGAUAGAAAAACACCAGAUGUGGAUGGAAAAACACCAGAUAUAGGAGGAGCUAGAAAAAGAACAUAUUCAAAACGAAACACGAACGUUUAUUGAAGACAGAAAUAAUAUUUUAUUUUGUAAA